GAGACUUUAGCUACCACGUGUGGUCCGUUCAUUUGUGGAUAUGCGGCGUCUUGUGAAGGGGUUUGUGUUUGUGAAAAUGGCCACGCCCGCCAUAUAAAGCUAGGGCUAACAGCCGUUCUGGUAUGGUGUAAAAAAUUAUGUGGAGUAAGUGACCCAACUUGUCCAGCUAAUACCACGUGUGUAACAACCUCUGCUGAAUCUGCAUCUUGCGAGUGCUCUCGCGGAUUCGUCAGAAGUCCAUUCGGUCAUUGCCUUGCUUCCGUGCCCCUGGCGACAGCUUCCGAACCUCUGACGACAACUUUGCCCUUGGGAAUGACUGGGGGUGUCAUUCUGGUGGUGCUUGUUUUUGUUGGUAUAUUUUGUGCAAGGAAGCGAAAACGGCGGCGGAAAACAGAUGGAGCAACAUUCGGGAAGGAUUUACGAACUGACACUGGUAGAGUUGAUGCCGUUAAUCUUUCAUUGCCGGAAGACGAAGGGGAUGACUCAGCAAUCACACAGUCCGGAAGUCAGCGCCUCUCAUCAGACGUUGUGCGACCCACUGGAACCACAUACGAGAACGGCGAAGUUACGGCGCAUGCGCUUUUGAACUCAGACGCGGAUAUUAGUGUUAUCUACACUAACACGACUGAGGAAGCCUUGCCACGAUUCCCUCAGCCAGAUGUCCACAGGGAGCUGUAUUCAAACCAUCACAUACCCGCAAACAAGGAAAAGCAAAAAGGGAAAACAUUAGCUCAGUCAUGUGAGAAUCAGGGUGGAAGUUCUACGUACGACAUAUUGUGUAGACCAAACGUGAAUGCUGCGACUGAUUACUCGGUUCAGCCUGACGAUUAUAAAACUUUGUCCACACAAAAUGUGAAGCUGUCAACGAAUGAACUCGUUCAACCUGACGAUUAUAACACUCUGUAUGAGGUGAACUAAAAUUUGGAUGGUUUAGGGUAGUGUGUAGGGUACAAAAAUGAGUACGAUAAUCGAUUGUAAGCCAAGAAAAAAGUCUAAAUUCA